AAAAGUAUCAAUAACUUAAUACUGGCGACAUUGGUAUUUUAUUGCUGGACUGACACUCGUGUACAAGUAAUAUCGCCAGCCGAGGUAACAAUUAUUCAGACUGAUGUCUUUAUACCGACGGGAACCAGUUUAAAAUAUUACCUUGAUAGCUUUCCUUUAAAUAUGACGACACUUGCCUGGCGAGCAAAGUUAUUAACUGCCGCGGUGGUCGUUGUACAAACACAGUUUAAUUUCGCCGUCGUGUUGUAUCCCUAUGGAUCAGGGGUCAGCGAUAGCACGACGCCCAAAACGGAUGCUGGAUCCAGUUCCGCUUUGACGGCGAUAACUGGAUUUAAAUACUACGGGACUGUGUACAAUACUUUCUACGUUAACAAUGACGGGUCGAUAACUUUCCAAGGAGCGGCAACAUUCAGUGACACGACGCUGUAUUCCUCCGGAACGACGACGGCCGUUUGUGCUUUCUGCGCCGACAUCGCCAUCAACAACGGCGGCACUGUGUGGUACAGGCAGACGAGCGAUGCGACGUUCAUGGCCGACCUAGCGCAGACAGCGCGCCAGUUCGAGACGUUCGGACCACUCUACAGUCCGGUGUCUGCUCUAGUGGUAACGUGGGAAGACGUCGCAAAUUUCCAGGGGACUCCGGGCAAGUUGAACACGUUCCAGGCGCUACUAGCCUCUGACAACACGGUGUCGAUGGUGUUGCUGUUGUACGACAAAAUGACGUGGAUCAUGGACACCAUAGACUAUGCAGCACAGUUCCCCGAUGAAGACCCAGCUACCCUGCCGCAAAUAAGAACUCAGGCUGGGUUUCUAAGCGGUGUAAGUAACGAGCUCCACCUCCUGGAUGGAUCACGGUCAAAGGAUUUAAUCAACGUCACGCUCUUGUCGAAUAUCGGAAUUCCCGGAAAGUAUCUGUUCCGAGUAGAUUACAACAUAACAGAACCAACACUCGCAACAACGACAACUACUACAACUACGACAACCACUACAGCAGCAACGACCACAACAGCAGCAACGACCACAACAGCAGCAACGACCGCAACAGGAGAAACUACAACAGCAUCAGGACAAACUACCACCAUUUCGCCACAACAGCAGCCCGUAUCCACCCUGUCAAAUGGGACCUAUAUCGGAAUUGGUGUAGCGGUGGUUGCAAUUCUGAUACUCGCAAUCGUACACGUUGUUGUUAUUUAUCAAAUGCUGGGAAAACGAAAACAACGCUCGAGUCAAAAGGGUCAUGCACACCAAAGGUCGCCCAACGGUAAAGCGAGAAUUGCCCCUGCAGAUUUUCAUUAUUGAAAAGAAACAGAAAAAGAACCUUGAAGCAUGAAAAAUCGCUCUCCUUAACAUGUUGAGGGGAAAAUUGCACUGUUGAAAUGAAUCACAGCUUCAGGGAAAGUGCGAUUUGUUCAAAUGAGGGGCACGAUAUUACUAAACCAUCGGACUAAAUUUAUGAUUCUAACUCGCAACCAUGAAAACAGUUUUGCUCCUACCACCAAUGCAAAGAUCUCCAGUGGAAUACCGGAAACCAUCCUACGAUUUUACACAUAUAUGACAUCUUGCCUCCAUCCUAUGACAUUGUUUCUGAAAACACAAACGCAAUUUCUAUAACUUAGUGUGCUUUCCGUAGAAGAUUUUGUUGGGGGUGUCGUUAAACAUUAAUUAAUUCAUUCAAUAAUUCAAAAACGUUCAUAAACUGCUUUGUUGGAGUGUUCAGUUAAUUUAACGUUUAUAAACUGCUUCGAUUCAACAUCUUGCCGCAACCUUUCUAGACCACAGCGUAACAAAGGAGCUCGACUACAAUAAAAAACAACCCAUCAGCGCCGAAAUAUUUAACCGGAACAUUAUUGAAAGUGUGUGUUUUAGUGAUUAAUAUGUGAACUAUUUGUAAUCGGCAAACUCGAAAAUGAUCAAUGUAAUGAUAUUUAGCAUCAAACAUAGGGUUUUUGUUGUAUUCGAGCGGCAACAAUUCCGUAUUUUCGCUGUAGUGUUAUCUCUGGCUGGGAGAGCGAUAAUAACUGUCAGAAUGUCGUUCUUGAUCUCGAACGGCAGAGUAAUCGGGCUACAUGUGGCGCAACAACGGUUGCCUGUGGCGCACCAAUUCCUAGCUCAUGGCCCUUGGUAGACUGUCAGGUUUUCCCCCGUCCCUGCCAGUGCCCCCCCCCCCCCCCCCCCCCCACUCGUUAACCAAAGCUGUGAUAUCACUGUAACUAGUAUGUCCUGUCCUGCGGAGAAUUGCGCUUAACACCAGUACUCAAUAUCUCGUAUUGUAACAUUUUGUUAACGGGAUUCGCAAAGCAAUAAAACGAACAACAAUGGGUGUCUGUAAACAUGCAAAUUUCCACGAUUGUAAGCCUGCGAACACGUGCAGAUUUGUUCGAUUAGUACUGGAAUGGUUAUUCCUUUUUUUUGAAAUUUAGCACAAUUUAUUUCAUAAUCCAACUGCAAGCCUGUAUUUUUAAAAAAGAAAUUUACUUGCUUCGGUUAUAAUUGUAUUUCAUUAUAUACAAAGAUCAGCAACAAGUGAACGGUGGAAGGACCAGCAAAGUUAUAUAUAGAGAAUAAUAUAUACACGAGUGGCCGUUUAUACCAUUUAUCUCACAACGAGUUGUUUUAAAAUGUAUCUAACGAGUGAGUUUGAUACGUUUUUAAACGAGUUGCGAGAUAAAUGGCAUCAAACAGACACGAACGUAUUAUAUUUCUUACAUAUCCUCAAAAACCAGGUUUUAAGCAAAUUUUAACAUCUUUUUCGACUAAAAGUUAUUUACAGUCGUUGCUAUUAUAGCUAACUUAAGCGUCACAUAUUGUCAGAUUAACUAUACGUCACAAUGUAAUCGAUUUCCGUCGUAUAGUUUUUCAUUGGAUGUAUGGUAGUGGUUACCUGGUCAUCACCUAGGAGCAGCCAGUCGUAUGUCUUGCAAUUGUUAACACACACGUGUUAUCAAAAUAACGCAUCGUGUUAGAAACGCAAUUUAAUUAUAGAAACCACAAUCUAAAGAAACGCUGUGAAGGCCAAAAUCGCAGACGAAAUACUAACCUGGAGCCCUUCAACAAUUACUUAACACUAUAACAGCAAGGUAGGUUACGUUUAAUAUACUUUAAAAAUACGUUAGUGGCAAGGGGAUAGUAAAAAGUUAUUUUAAUUUACGUAAUUGUUAAAUCCCCACCCCCGAAAUGUAGAUUAAUGUUAAAUAUUUGAUUGUUUAGGUGUGUUUUAUACUUGCACGCUAUUACUGAGCAUGUCAUAUAAAAUAGUGUUAAAAAAUUACCUGGUUUUGUUUCCGAAAAAAACCUACAACAAACAAAUAAAAUUACCCAAGUAAUGUUGUUUUAUUGCAGGAAUGUUUAUAUAUAUAUAUAUAUAUAUAUACUACAGUAUUUCCAGUGGUAACGUGAAAAUUCCUGAAACAAAAACAUCCGAAUAUUUCCAAUGGGUUAGCUUGCUUAUAUAUAUAUAUGUGUAUUGUACAUGUACAUUGUAUGUAUAUGUAUUGUAUGUAUAUGUAUUGUAUGUGCAUUAUAUUGUAUAUUGUAUUGUAUGUGUAUAUGUAUUGUAGGUUUAUGUGUAUGUGUAUUGUAUGUGUAAGUGUAUAUAUAUGGUGUGCUGUCUUUGUACAACUCGUCAGUCUGAUGGCCCCAUCUAGCUGCUGACAGAUUUCAGAUUUGUUAUGUGAUAGAACAGGAAUCUAGUUGUGCUAAAUGCAAUUUAUUAUAUGGCAUGCAGAUACAUUACAAAUUUGAUAUUCCUGAGUCAUUAAUGCACAGAUUAUGUGUCGUCGAGUCAAUGUAAACAUAGGACGAAAUAUUGUACACGUUUAUAACUGUGAUACUGCACCUUCAAUGUUGUUAUUUUCAUGCUUUCACCUUUGAACAUUUUCUAAUAUAAUGUUUUCUUUUAUCAUUAUAUUUUAAUGUUUCUUCAGAGAAAAUAAUACAUUAGUUUUAUAAUGCGUAUGUACAAAUCAUAAUGUCAGUGUCUGGGCCCCGUGUUUAUAAAACUAUUUUAAGAGUCCAGACUCCAUCUCAAAUGACGUCACACGCAUGCAAGUUGUAUAGCGUUGCCAUGACAAUACUGUCUCAGACUCUUAUUAUAGAUUCUAACAGUUUUAUAUAAAAAAAAGUUUGUUUUGUUUAACGACACCACUGGCGCACAUUGAUUAAUUAAUCAUCGACUAUUGGAUGUCAAAUGGUAAUUC